AUGCGCACAAAUGACUAUGGCAUUCUGAGCACAUGGAUUAGUCAAACGGGGCUGAAUGCAUUCAUCUUGAUCUUAUUGAGCAUUAGCUGUGCACAUGCAGAUGUAUACAUCAACCAGUUUGCUGUUCAUAUAACGGGAGGGCAUCAUGCGGCAGACAGAGUUGCAAGGGAAACUGGAUUAAAAAAUUUGGGACAG